CCCCGAGGAGAUAUAGAAGGCAGUGUCAGGCAAGGCCCUCCAGGGACCGAGUCUUGGGUCACAGAAACCAGGGGAGCUGCCACAGCCGCCGACUUCCCCUCCUUGGGAGGGCCUGGGGUUUGAAGGAUGAGUCCCUGGGCGGAUGGCUGGGCCUGACUCUGGCUGAUGGGAUGAGGCGGGCCCCCAGUGGGUUAGAGCAGAGAGGUGGGGCUACAUCCUGAGCAUCGGGAGCCAGGGCUUAGGUGGAACCUGAGCAGGAGAAGGGCUGAGUCCAGGGUAGAGCCCCAUUCUUUAUAACUGAGAUUAGGUCCCCUUGGAGGCAGAGGCAUACACUGUGGUCUAUCAGCCCCCAAAUCCUUGACCCCUCUGGAGCCUCCUGGGAGUGUGGGGUCCAGCUCUGUCCCAGCGGGAGCCUGGCUGCUGCUCCCGGGCACGGCUGGGCUGCAAGGCACCCAUUGGCCACCUGGGGGCAGCCUCACACUAUGCCAAGCUCCGUGAGCCCUGCGCCUGUCCCACUUUCCAAAGCCCCAUCUCCCGCCUGGGGUGGUACAGCCCCACCUGGUGGCUCCAAACUAGUGUGGCUGUUGGACUCCCCUGGGGCCCGGGGGCUUCUCCUCCACCAUACCACACUGCCCUCUGCAGUGACCAGACAUCCAGACACUCCUCUCUCAUUCUCUGGUCAGAUCCCCAGAGCAUCCUGAAAGUCAAGUCCAGGAUCCCUAGCAUGGAAAGAUAAACCAUGGUCCAGAUGGGGGCAAAGACUUGCUCGUGGCCACAGAAUGAGUCAUGGCAGAGUCCCAGGGGAGCCAGGCUCUCCUCCCUGCCUCUGAAGCUCUCUUCACACAUCUUCAGGUAGCCUCCCAUCUUCAUGGGGGGUUAUGGAGCCAAGAGUCUUCAAUCCCAAAGAGAUACCAAGCAGAGAGAAGGCCUGGGGAUUUGAAGGGACUGAAGGGCCCACCCCAGUCCACAGGGCCACACAUGGUCAGCUCUCACGGAAUUCUAGCCGCUUCACAGUGUUUGUGUUCUGGGUGGAACCUGCCCAGCCCUGUUCCGCUCAGGCAGAGUCCUACCCUGCACCCACUCCCCCAUGCACAGCUCCAGACCAUGCCCUAGAUAGGUGGCAGGCCACUCAACCUGCCUGGAGAGGUCACAGUGGGGGAUGAGGAGGACAACUAGGUCUUCGCUUCCACCUUGCCCAACAGCCUCUCACUGGGUGAGCCUGGCCAAGUCGGCGGCUUCCUGGGUACCCGUUUCUCUUUCUGGUCCUGGCACUACCUACCAAAGGGAAAAGGUAUUCUUCCCUGUAUGUACCUUUCCUAGUCACUGGUCCAAGGGAUCAGGAGCAGUUAGCAAAGAAAGCCCCUCUUCUCCAACACGGUGCCGGGCCCAUGUUCUGGUGCCGCUCAAAAUCCAGCUCCACAGGGUCCCAGACUCCUUCAGCCAGCCGAUGUUUGAAACAAGCCACCCAACCCGGUUGGGGCCUGACACCCAGCGCUGGCCUGAGUCGUGGGGGAUGGACUCACUGCAGAAGCAGGACCUCCGGAGGCCCAAUAUCCACAGGGCAGCCCGGGGGGCACCAUAUCAGCCGCCCACGUUGGCUUCACUGCAGCGCUUGCUAUGGGUCCGUCAGUCUGCCACGCUGAACCACAUCAAUGAGGUCUGGCCCAGGCUCUUCCUGGGAGAUGCGUACGCAGCCCGGGACAAGAGCAAGCUGACCCAGCUGGGAAUCACCCACAUCGUCAAUGCCGCUGCAGGCAAAUUCCAGGUGGACACAGGUGCCAAGUUCUACCUCGGAAUGUCCCUGGAGUACUAUGGCAUCGAGGCGGAUGACAACCCCUUCUUCGACCUCAGUGUCUACUUUCUGCCUGUUGCUCGAUACAUCCGAGCUGCCCUCAGUCUUCCCAAAGGCCGUGUGCUGGUACACUGUGCCAUGGGGGUAAGCCGCUCUGCCACACUUGUCCUGGCCUUCCUCAUGAUCUACGAGAACAUGACGCUGGUAGAGGCUAUCCAGACGGUGCAGGCCCACCGCAAUAUCUGCCCUAACUCAGGCUUCCUCCAGCAGCUCCAGGUUCUGGACAACCGACUGGGGCAAGAGACGGGGCGGCUCUGACCUGGCAGGCGGCCAGGAUCCCUGAUCCUCCAUCCAGCAUCGCCCUACCCCACCAGCCUGGCCCUGGGGACAGCAGUCUCUGCUGUUUCUAGUGACCCUGAGAUGUAAACAGCAAGUGGAGGCUGAGGCAGAGGCAGGGAUAGCUGGGUGGUGACCUUUCAGCAAGUGAAUUUCCCUGACCCGAUCUAGAGAUUCUUUAUGCAAAAGUGAGUUCAGUCUGUCUGUAUAAUAAAAUGUUCAUCGUCAUAAAGACA